AUGUGUGGCAACUAUUACGGAAACUCUUGUGGUGGCUGUGGCUACGGCUGUGGCUACGGCUCUGGCUACGGCUGUGGUUACGGUUCUGGCUACGGCUGUGGUUACGGCUCUGGAUAUGGCCGUGGCUACGGUUCUGGCUACGGCUGUGGCUAUGGUUCUGGAUACGGCUGUGGUUAUGGCUCUGGAUAUGGCUGUGGCUACGGUUCUGGAUAUGGCUGUGGCUACGGUUCUGGAUAUGGCUGUGGCUACGGCUCUGGCUACGGCUGUGGUUACGGUUCUGGCUACGGCUGUGGUUACGGCUCUGGCUAUGGCUGCUGUGGAUACCGGCCCUUCUGCUACAGAAGAUGCUAUUCUUCUUGCUGCUAG